GAUAAAAAAAAAAGAAGCAAGUCAUAUAUAUAUAUUCUUUAUGGACGGGGUUGGACUUGCAUUAAUUACAAUUUACAAAUUGGUAAGCAUUAAGGCGUAGAAACUAACAAAUGUUAACUAUGUGAUAUCAAAUAUUUAAUAUUUUGCCAUAUUUGGAAACUUACGACAAAACAAAUAAUAUAGUGAAUCACCGCAACUCCAAGUUCCUGUCUGACACUUGUACUUGAUAAAUUCUAUUAUAUAUUUCAUUAACAUAAAAAUAAUAUAUUCAUUUGUAUUUUGCAGAAAGCCAUAUGGACUAUUUGUACUAUUAUGUAUUUUGUUGAUCAAUCCAUUCUUUUACUUUUUUGGGCAAAUAUCUUUCGUACAAAUCCAUUUAUAUAUAUAGUUGUUUCAUAUGACCAUAAUAAUUAAGGCCCCUAAAGUUUUUUUUCACUUAUAAAGUAAUUAAAUUAAGAAAAGAAAAUUUUGUCAGAGAGGCAGAGUCCUGUGAUGCCCAUUCACUAUUUUCACAUGACAUCUGAUAGAAUAGAAUACUAAAAAUAAUUAUAAAUAUGUACGGACAUGUCAAAAAGAAAAUAUUAUUGAUGAUGGAAAUUUACCUAAAUCACAAUCGGUUAAUAUAAUUUUGUUGGGUCUAAAUCGGUUAAUAUAAUUUCAUUUUUUAUCCAAACAAUUCCAUUAAGUUUCCACUAUCUCCGAUUAUAAACUAGAAAAGAAUUAAGCAGUGAUUAAGUAAUAUAUAUAUGUAUUUAUAUUAAUAUACGUAUAUUUAAGCUAUAUUUAUAUAUUCUCUUAACCUAGAAACAUUAUACAAACUUCUUUCUAUUUCGUUGGUUGCUUUUAUUUUUUCUCCCUAUUUAUUAAAAGUAAACGCUAAUACUAUUUUGGACUAGAACUUACUAUAUAUCAAAUCUAUCAAAAAUGUCUCAAUUUAAGAUGUAAGUUUGUGUGUAUAUAUGUGUGUGCACAUGCAUAUAUAUCUUUAGUUUAUUCCUCGAAUAGAUUGUUGACUCUUGGCUCAACCUUCCUUUCUUUCUCUUUCUCCUUAUUUGUUUCUCUUCUUCUUCGUUUCCCUUUUGUUUUUGUAAGAUCUACAAAAAAAACCCUAGAAAGAGAGGAACGUAGGGGAGAAUCAAUUAGAGGAUAAAAUUGAUGGGAAGAGGGAAGAUUGUGAUCCAAAGGAUCGAUGAUUCUACCAGUAGACAAGUCACUUUCUCCAAACGAAGAAAGGGUCUUAUCAAGAAAGCCAAAGAGCUAGCCAUUCUCUGUGACGCCGAGGUCGGUCUCAUCAUCUUCUCCAGCACCGGAAAGCUCUAUGACUUUGCCAGCUCCAGCAUGAAGUCAGUUAUUGAUAGAUACAACAAGAGCAAGAUCGAACAACAACAACUACUGAACCCCGCAUCAGAAGUCAAGUUUUGGCAGAGAGAAGCUGCGGUUCUAAGGCAAGAAUUGCAUGCUUUGCAAGAGAAUCAUAGACAAAUUAUGGGGGAACAACUAAAUGGUUUGAGCGUCAACGAGCUAAACAAUCUUGAGAAUCAACUUGAGAUAAGUUUGCGUGGUAUUCGUAUGAAAAAGGAACAAAUGAUGAAUCAUGAGAUCCAAGAACUAAGCCAAAAGGUCACUAUGAGAUAUGCAAUUACACACAAUAUAUUUCUCACGCAUAUCAAUCUAAACUCUCCAAAAAUAAUAUGUUACAAUUUUCACUUUGUGAUUUUUCUGAUGGUGGUGCAGAGGAACCUCAUUCAUCAGGAGAACCUCGAGUUAUCUCGAAAAGUACAACGGAUUCAUCAAGAAAAUGUGGAGCUCUACAAGAAGGCUUAUACAUCAAGCACAAACGGGUUUAUACAACGUGAACUAGCUGUCGCGGAUGAUGAAUCUAACACUCAGAUCAGGCUGCAACUAAGCCAACCGGAUCAUUCCGAUUAUGAGACCCCACCAAGAGCAAGCCAAUAACACCAUGUGAUUGAUGUGUGGAGAUACCAUGGUGUUAAAAGAAUAAACCAAAGGUGUUUGAAUACAGAUCUUGAAUUGGAAACAAACAAGAAACUUCAAGAAGCCAAGCCAUAAUAAGCAGCAUGUCUCUUCUAAAUUUUCAUCAAAUCAUACUUUUCCUUUCUCUUGUCCGUUUCAAUUGUAUAACUGAAGCAUAUAUAAUACAGAAGAAAUACAAUUAAAAUUGUGUUUAUUAUACUCAUCCUGAGUAUAUACUGACAUAUGGUCCGGUCCUUUUAUAACCACACAUUCGCUAAUUAACUGAAGAAAAAAGAACAUCCACUUGAUUUUAUCGGAAUUCUCUAUAAAUGUUCUACACUUAAGAAAAUAUAUAUAUCUCAACACUUAAGAUUUUAAUUUUCAGUAACAAUGCACUUAAGAUGUUCGACAAUGGUUGUUGCUCUCCUUCUUUUCCUCCUGCCCCAUUUGUUCUUUACCUAUUUCAGAGUUGUUUGUUGGGUCUGAUCUGACUUGGUAAGAUACUACUUUGUAAGCUUUGUUUAUGGUUUCCGGGGGACAUGUAAGUCAUCCGAUAGCUUUAGACUCUAGGAAGUGGUCUGUAUUCUAUCAUGUAAUGGCUUGAUUUGUAACAUCCCAAUUUUUGAUAUAUUUGGAAGGACUCAUUAAAAUUGAUUUAGCUAUAUAUGUUACCAAAAUGUGUUUAUCUUUUCGGGCACAUAUCCGUUUAGAACUCUAGAUUUAAGCGUGAUUAAAUUGAAAUAAUAGAAAGAUGAGUGAUCUAUCGAAGUGAUUUACGAUAUCGUAUGAGUGAGGCCAAAACAUGAAAAAAUGUCAUAUGGUGAUUGCAUGUUCAGUAAACAAGACUAAUAAGCUUCCGAAAAAUUAACACACUGUCCAUUCACGGGAUAGAGCCUACGGG